GUCCUGCCUCCAGAGCGGUUUAACCAGCACAGAGAGCAGUUGGUAUGAUAUCCGCACGGUGAACUUGAUCUAAUCAGACACAUUUUGUAGCCUUUUGAGACCUUCUGUGUUGAAUGAUGAUACGUUAUUAAAGAGUAUAUUAGAAACCUCUGGGAAUGAGAGGGUCUAUGAAUCGGCGUCUAGGAGAGACCCUGCCUCUUGUCCAAAGUUAACAGAGACAACAGCCCCCUGUGAGCGGAAUACACAGCUCAUAUAAAAGCAGAGUCUGGGAGGAGUAUGAACUGGGAGGGGAAGUGGUCCAACUGGUUGGACAUCAUUUAAAAAAACAGAGUGAACCAAUGCCGAGUGGCAGUAGAAACAAUAUGAGUUGUGUUUGUGUCCAGGUCUCCAGUCUACUAUGGAUGAGGAGAGAGGGGAGGGGGGUCCUACCUCUAAGACCGCUCUGUCUGGGGAAAAUGGCCGCCGGAGCAAAGCUAAGAGCCCAGAGAAACAGGAUAGAGCAGAUAGCGUCUCCAUGAAGAGUGACCACUCUAUGGAUGAUCCUGUUGGGUUUAAAGAUGGAAAUCAGUCCAUUGAAAAGAGAAGAGUCCAGCAGGAGAGAGUAGACUCCCCUGGACCCAGCUGUGUCUCCAUGAAGAGUGACAGCUCUAUGGAACAACCUCAUAACUUUAAAGAUGGAAAUCCGUCAAUUGAAAAAAGAAGAGUCCAGCAGCAGAAAGCAGACUCCCCUGGACCCAGCUGUGUCUCCAUGAAGAGUGACCACUCUAUGGAACAACCUUUUAACUUUAAAGAUGGAAAUCACUCUAUUGAGAAGAGAAGAGUCCAGAAGGAGAGAGCAGACUCCCCUGGACCCAGCUGUGUCUCCAUGAAGAGUGACCGGUCUAUGAAUCAUCCUGACGAGUUUAAAGAUGGAAAUCAGUCUAUUGAGCAGAGCCCAGAGCAGCAGCAGAAAGCAGACCCCCCUGGACCCAGCUGUGUCUCCAUGAAGAGUGACCGCUCUAUGGAUAUACCAUAUCAAUUUAAAGAUGGACGCCCCUCCAGAGAGGAGAGACACCAGCAGAGGUCAAAGGUUACCAGUGCUCAGUCGCUACAGCAGCAUCAAACAGAGCUGAUCAAGAGGGCUGAGGAGAACGCACACGCUUUCCUAGACAAGGAGCUGAAGAAGCUCUGGAGGGAUCUCUUCUCAGAUUACCCACAAUGCUCAGAGGGUCAGAGAGUGGAGGAGGAGGAGGUGGAUGGUAAGAAGGAGGAGCAGAGGAGGCGCGCCAUACAGGGAGUGGUGGACAUCACAAAGCUCUGCCUGAUGGAGAUGAACCAGGAGGAACUGGCCGACACACUGUGGGGCGGAUCUGCUGCUGUCGAUUGCCAACAUAAAAUUAAGUAUAAUUUGAAGAAGAAGUUCAGGUGUGUGUUUGAGGGAAUCGCUAAAGCAGGAAAGCGAACAGAUCUGAACGACUUCUACACAGAGAUCUUCAUCACAGAGGGAGGCAGUGGAGAGGUCAACAAGGAACAUGAGGUCAGACUGAUUGAAACAGCUUCCAGGAAACCAGCCAAGGAAGAAACACCAAUCAGAUGUGAGGACAUCUUUAAACCCUUACCUGGACACGAUCAACCAAUCAGGACGAUAAUGACAACUGGAGUGGCCGGCAUUGGUAAAACUGUCUUAACACACAAGUUCACUCUGGACUGGGCUGAGGGCAAAACCAACCAGGACAUACAGUUCACAUUUCUCCUCACUUUCAGAGAGAUGAAUUUACUGAAAGGGAAAGAGUUUAGCUUGGUGGAACUUCUCCAUCACCUCUUUAUUGAGACCAAAGAAGCAGGAAUCUGCAGAUUCGAGCGGUUCCAAGUUGUCUUCAUCUUGGAUGGUCUGGAUGAGUGUCGACUUCCUCUGGACUUCCAGAGAAACCCGAUCUGGACUGAUGUCACAAAGUCCACCUCGGUGGACGUGCUGCUGACAAACCUCAUCAAGGGCGACCUGCUUCCCUCCGCUCGCAUUUGGAUAACCACACGCCCUGCGGCAGCCAAUCAGAUCCCUGCUGAGUGUGUUGACAUGGUGACAGAGGUGAGGGGGUUCACUGACAAGCAGAAGGAGGAGUACUUCAGGAAGAGAUUCGGAGAGGAGACGAUGGCCAGCACAAUCAUCACCCACGUCAAGAAAUCCCAAAGCCUCCACAUCAUGUGUCACAUUCCAGUCUUCUGUUGGAUCACUGCUUCAGUUCUGGAGGACAUCUUCAAAAAAUCCCAGAUCGAACAGAUGCCCAAAACCGUGACUCAGAUGUACAGCCACUUCCUGAGGGUUCAGUCCAUACAGGGAGACAGGAAGUACCAUGGAAGGGCUGAAACCGAUCCAGACUGGAGUUCAGAGAGCAGGGAGAUCAUUGUUUCUCUUGGAAAACUUGCUUUUAACCAGCUGGAGAGUGGCAACCUGAUCUUCUACGAGGCAGAUAUGGCAGAGUCUGACAUCGAUAUCAGAGCAGCCUCUGUGUACUCAGGAGUGUUCACCCAGAUCUUUAAAGAGGAGUGUGGGCUGUACCAGGACAAGGUGUUCUGCUUUGUCCAUCUGAGCAUCCAGGAAUUCCUGGCUGCCCUUUAUGUCUUUUUGUCCUUCAUCGAAAAAGAUCUCUAGGCUGAAUGGCUGCCAUAUGUCAGAGAGAUGCUGUGAAGCUCUGGCCUCAGUUCUUAGCUCCAACUCCUCUAGUCUGAGAGAGCUGGACCUGAGUACCAAUGAUCUGCAGGAUUCAGGAGUGAAGCUGCUCUGUGCUGGACUGGGGAGUCCACAUUGUACACUGGAAACUCUCAGGUCAGUUUUCAUCCUCUUUAAACUGUGUCUUGGGGUUGUUUAAUAUGUAGCUCUGGCCCGCUGAUGUGAGCGUUAGGGGUUGACCUGUUAACUACUAGUAUGUUAUGUUUGUUAUACGUUAUGUAACUCUGGUCAGCAGAUGUGAGCUGAGGAGUUGUCAUUAGCGUAGACAUGGGGAUGAGGCUUUAGCCGUGCUGUGAUCUGAAUAUAAUGUACACCUCACCAUAGAACAUCACUGGCUGUGGUAAAGUGAAUCAUAUUGAACAUUAAAGAUGGACUUUAUUAACUUCACAUUAGUUUGGUGUAGUGCUGCUCAUGUCCGAUGCAUUUCUGUUGCUCUUUUGCCUGCUGACAAAACUCUCCCUGGUUCUACACAAUGUUAGAACCUGUGAAGAAACGGUCCUCAGCGUACCAAACACAGCGGACUUCUCCUGACUCUAACCGAACAAUAUCUCAUUGAGUUGCAGCUAUUGAGAAAGGAGCAUUUGUUUAAGAUCCUGUUGCACAUCCAAGUGAGGGAAGUUCUGAUGUAAUGAUGUCAUCGCCCCACUUUCUCUUCCUGUUCUCCUUGUCCUCUUCU